GUUAGCACAGAGGAGCUAACAGAGUAAUGGCGGCCUCGGUGUUGCUGGGCUCAGUGGAAAACACCGGAGGAAGCAGUGGAUUUCCCGGGGGAGGCCCGUCCUCCAGAGGGACCAUGGGAUCGGGCUUCAGGGGGACCGUGGGGCCGGGGAACAGCACCGGGAGCCCCGGGAGCACCGCCUCCUGGAACCGAUCCCUGGACCGGGCUCUGGAAGAAGGAUCCAGUACCGGGAGGCUCAACCUCAGCGGCCGGAAACUCAAGGAGUUCCCCCGGAUCACCGAGAACCACGAUCUCACCGACACGACUACCGCUGACGUGUCUCGUAACCGCCUCUCGGAGCUUCCUCUGGAGGUGUGUCUCUUCGUGUCUCUGGAGAGUUUGAACCUGUACCAGAACUGUCUGAGGACUUUACCUGAGAGCCUGCUGAACCUGCAGAGCCUCACCUACCUGAACCUCAGCCGGAACCAGCUGUGUGCCCUGCCCCCGGUGAUCUGCAGUCUGCCUCUCAAGGUCCUGAUCGCCGGGAACAACAAACUGAUGGCUCUGCCCGAGGAAGUGGGCCAGCUGAGACACCUCACCGAGCUGGAUGUGAGCUGUAAUGAGAUCCAGACGCUGCCCCCUCAGGUCGGUCAGCUGGAGAAUCUGAGGGACCUGAACAUCAGGAGGAACCACCUGAUGCACCUGCCCCCAGAGCUGGCAGACCUCCCUCUGGUGCGUCUGGACUUCUCCUGUAACAAGGUGUCUGUGAUCCCCCUGUGUUUCCGGCGCCUCUCCCAGCUGCAGAGCAUCGUGCUGGACAACAACCCCCUGCUGAGCCCACCUGCACAGAUCUGCAUCAAAGGGAAGGUGCACAUAUUUAAGUUUCUGAACAUGGAGGCCAGUAAGAGCACGCCUGAUCUUCCCGACUACCGACCUCUGACCUUCAGCUCCUGUGCUGAGGAUCUGUACCGUCCGUACGGAGCGCUGGACUCAGGGUUCAACAGCGUGGACAGUGGAGACAAGAGGUGGUCCGGGAACGAGCCCACAGAGGAGCUGUCAGAGCUGCCUCUGAGAGUCUCUGAGAUCAGCAGAGAGCAGAGACAGAGAGGACUGCUGGCCAAUGGGACGCAUGCCGAGCUGGAGCAGAUAGACUUCAUUGACAGCUGUGUGGAGGAGGAGGAGGAGGAGGAGGGGAGGAGUCGAGCAGCAGCAGGUGAAGGAGCAGCAGGUGAAGGAGCCAGCCUCAGCUCCCAGUUCAUGGCCUACAUCGAGAGGCGCAUCACCAGAGAGGGGUCUCCAGGACACAGCAGCUCGAGGACAGAAGACACGCGGAGACACAGCAGGAGUGUGGUGGACGGUGUCACAGCGCCCUCUGGUGCCCACAGUCAGAGAGGGGUGGGGGGCGUGGGAGGGGUGGGGGGCGUGGAGCGGGUGAGGCGGGAGGCUCACCUGGCGGCGCUCAGGUACGACGAGGAGAGACAGAAGAGCAAGACAAAGCCGAACACAACGCAGAGCCCAACAAAGUCAGACAGUGAGACUGUCUACCCCUCCAGACGCUGCACCCACACAGAUGACUCCGCCCUCUUUAUGGGAGAGGACCGGGCCGCUCUCUCUCCUACAGCCAAUCAGUCGCCUUCCUACCCGAGCCCCGGGGGUGUGGCCUCCUGCCGGACCAAUCAGAGGCCGGAGAGCGUCCUGUUCCGCAUCGGGCAGAAAGAAGAGCGGAGGAAAGGUGAGGCGUGACACUGCUCCACAGGAGGCUCCUCCCCCUCCCCCCCCCCCCCUCCUCUCAUUGGAGAAGACGCUGUGCUGGUGGAGCAGCUCAGGAAGAACAUCGAGGCCCGUCUGAAGGUGUCUCUUCCGAGCGACCUCGGCGCCGCGCUGACCGACGGCGUGGUGCUUUGUCAUCUGGCCAAUCACGUGAGGCCGCGCUCCGUGCCCAGCAUCCACGUGCCCUCCCCCGCUGUGCCUAAACUCACGAUGGCCAAAUGUCGACGAAACGUAGAGAACUUCCUGGAGGCGUGUCGCAGGAUCGGAGUCCCUCAGACUCAGCUGUGUCUUCCUCUGCACAUCCUGGAGGAGCGAGGGCUCCCCCUGGUGGCUGGGACGGUGGCCGCGCUGCUGGAGCUGGCCCCCCCCCCCGACACCCCGUCACCCCCGGACACCCCCCCAGCAUGUAGACCCCCCCCCUCACACACACACACACACACACACACACACUCAGUACAGAAACUGAUCCCAGAGCAGCUGACGGAGAGACCCGCUGAACCUGAAACAAACAAUAACAAACAACAAUGUCAUCAUAAUGCUACGUAAAUAAAGAGGGGUAGCAACGAGCUAACUUCAUCAUAAUGCUACAUAAACAAAGAGGGGUAGCAAC